AUGCUAAUAAUAUUAGUUGGAUUGUUGUAAAUUUACGGGAAAAGUAUACGUAAAGAAUAAAUAUGGUGUGAGAAAUAGUAAAUAAUGAAAAGUUAGAAUAAUAGUAAGGGAUUCACAAUAACAAUUCCUGGAUCAGGAACAGUAGAUUUAUUACCAUCGAUAGGAACAGUAAGUUUUACAAUAGAAAUAUUGGAUAAGGAUGCAAGUGAAGCACUUGAUUAAGCAAAUAAUUUAGUGAUGAAUGCUGUUUAAUAAAUAAAAAAUGAAUUGGGAUAUUCAAAUUAUGAAAUUGAAACAGGGAUGUUUGAAUUAGAAAUUUAAUACAAAGAUAAUGAGUAAUAAUUGUAAGGAUACAAAGUUAGAAAUUAGUUAUAUGUAAUAACAAGAGAUUUAUAAAUGAUUGGUAAAAUAAUAACAAUAGGAGUUAAUGCAGGAUUGAAUAUAAUAGAUGGAAUAACAUAUUAGAAUAAAGCAGAGGAAAUAGAUUAAGCAAAUGAUGAAGCAUUAAAUCAGGCAAUUGAAGAUGCAAAAAGGAAAGCAAAAUAGGUGGCAGAUUCUUUAAAGAUGAAGGUUUUGAGAAUAAAGAAAUUCAAAUAUUUGGAUUCUUAUGGGAGUUCAAUAACAAAUGGUUAUUAACCAGAAACAAGAGUAGACGAAAAUGUAAGGAAAAAUGAGGAAACACCAAUAUUUGCAUCAAAAAGUCAUGUGAGAGUAGACAUUUAAUUAAAAGUAGAAUUAGAAUAUUGA